AUGACGACCUCAAGGCGCUUGGCGGAUAGGAAAGUUAUGAAGUUCGAGAAGAACAUAAAGAAAAGAGGUGCAAUUGGAGAAACAACUAAAAAGAAAGGCAGCUCGUAUCCCGUUGGCCCUUUGGUGAUCGGAUUUUUCGUAUUUGUCGUCAUUGGAUCUUUUCUGUUCCAGAUCAUCCGAACUGCAACGAGUGGAGGCAUGACUUGA